AUGUCGACUCCUCCAUUCACAAACCUUUAUCACAAGCGAACGGCGGCGAAUGACAAACCUUGCUUCAUUUGCAAGAAGUUCACGACGACGGUUUUAAUCACGCCAGAUCAAUCCGAUUUCUUUUACGCGUGUAACAGUCAUUUGAGUGAUACGGGUUUUGCUACGCCUGUGGUCGACAAGGAAGCCGAGGCGAAGAAAGCACGGGAAGCGGAGAUCGAGAAGGAGGUGGAGAGACUAAAGAAGAAGCAUGCCGAGAAACAAUUAAAGAAAGAUAAAGACACCGACAAAGACGCCGACUCAGACAAGAAAAAAGACGACACCAACAACGACAAGAAGGAAGACAAACCCUCCUCACCAACCGCAACUCCAACCCCCGCACCCGACCCGCGCGUAUUCACACUCCAUCGCCAGAUAUAUGCUAUGCGCGCAAGCAGAUGGAGAGAACUCCAGAGACAGAAGAAGACGCAGCAGAUGCUAGCGGGUGGGGGUACGGCGUUUCCGUCUGUGCCGAGGAGUAAACCGGGUGACAAGGGCGUGUGA